AUGUCACUCGACCGAGCGGCCCUGAAUGCCUUAUUCGGGCCUGAGCUGGUGGGAAUGUGUGUGGGGAUGCUACUCCAGGGCAUGCUCUUUAGUCAGAUGCAUAAUUAUUUCAAUCGAUAUCGAGACGAUAGUCGUCUGAACAAAAAUUUCGUCCUGUACAUCGUACUCCUCGAGACCGUUAGCUCUGGAGUGACUGUAGCACUAGUGUACCAGCCGCUCAUCCUUGAAUUCGGGCAGGAGUCGGCUGUGAACAGUGUGCCUCUAGGUCUCAUAAUCAUUCCGCCAAUAGUGGUAGCAAUCGCCACCCCUAUCCACCUCUACGUCGCUCGUCGGAUCCACAUCCUUCAUGAGUCCAUCUGGGUCCCUUUAAUCAUUUGCACACUCUCCUUCGCGUCUAUGGCUGGAGGUAUUUGGUCCUCGGUUGCGACAGUUCAUAACGGAAUAUAUGUGCAGCACCUCCCGGCGAAGCUGCUCAGUCCGGCGCUGCUCUGGAUGGUCGCAGCUGCAGUGGCAGACUUGCUGAUAGCCGCUGCGCUUUCAUGGAGCCUGUAUAAUCGAAAGACGGGCUACAAGUCGACGGACGCGGUCAUCGAUCGGAUUAUUUUCUUCACUGUCCAGACAGGCGUGGUCACGGCCAUUGCCGCGCUUCUGAGCGUCAUCACUUUGGUCGCAUUACCGCUUAGCAACACAACGACAUAUGUCUUUAAUGUCACUCUUAUGAAAUUGUAUGGGAAUUUCAUCCUGGCAACUCUAAACAACCGUGCUUCGUGGAACGACACCCUAAAUCGUACCGAUACGAGUGUCCUGUUUCCUCAAAGCGCCAUUUCGGCUGGUCCCGACACAUUUCCGUCGAACUGGCAAUGCCAGUGUAGAAGGCGACCUACUGUGACGGAUUCUAUCCCGCUGUCGUUCGCGCGGAGCCGCGAGGGCCAGGACCCAAGGAACACGACCGUGGAAUAUCACGAUUCCAAGGAUCUAAAUUUUAGCCCUUCACAAGCAGUAUGA